UGUCACAUGACAACUUGCCUACAACAUGCUUGAGUGCUCUUGUGACUUCGUUUGAUAACAAGGCUCACAAGGGAAGCCGCGGCAACACCUCGCAAAUUAAUUUAGGAAAUUUUUGUCAGUGGAUGGUUUCUUUCCUUAGGGUAUACCCGGGAUCACCGAACCUGCAAUUACCAACAAUGUUAUGGAAAGGCCUUUCACUAGCAAUUCUGUUGCUAUUGAUAUCAGCAUCUUCUUGUUAUGCCGACAACUCUGAUGCAGGAUGCGGCUACGAGAGCUGUAAUGCAGAGAAACCUGGCAUGAUCAACGUGCACUUGGUGCCCCACACUCACGAUGAUGUUGGAUGGCUGAUGACAGUGGACCAGUACUACUACAAGUAUGUGCAAUGGAUCUUGGAUGGAGUUAUCCCAGAGCUGGUGGCUGAUCCCUCCAAGAGAUUCAUCUAUGUAGAAAUUGCUUUCUUUUCACGCUGGUUCCGACAACAAGAUAAGGCCACCCAACAGGUUGUCAAGAAGUUGGUGAAUGAGGGGAGACUGGAGUUCAUCCUGGGAGGCUGGUCAAUGAAUGAUGAAGCUGCAACCCACUACUCUGCCAUCAUUGACAACCACAAACUGGGCUUUGAGUUUCUCAGAGAAAAUUUUGGGAAGUGUGGAAGGACAAAGAUUGGCUGGCAGAUUGACCCUUUUGGUCACUCCCGUGAACAGGCAUCGCUUUUUGCUCAGUUUGGAUUCGAUGGUUUGUUCUUUGGACGCUUGGAUUACCAAGACAAGGAUAAGAGACAGAAAACUAAGACCAUGGAGCAUGUGUGGCGUGGAAGCCCAAAGAAUCUUGGCGCUAAAGCUAACCUUUUCACUGGAGUUUUGCCCAAUGGCUACAAUCCACCCAAUGGAUUUUGCUUUGACUACACCUGCUUGGCGUACAACCCAUCACAAACAGAGAUAAUGGAUGAUCCGAGACUGCAUGACUACAAUGUGGAACUUAUGGUGGACGGGCUGAUCAAAGCCAUGAAAGAUCAGUCCAGAAGCUAUGCUACGAAUCACCUGAUUGCUACCAUGGGCUCCGACUUCAACUACGUUCAGGCUCAUAUGUUUUUCGCUGAGAUGGACAAGCUCAUCAAAUAUGUCAAUGCCAGGCAAGCUGUGGGCAGCAAGAUCAACCUUCUGUAUUCCACCCCAUCCUGCUACUUGAAGCAACUGAACAACGACAACCGCACCUGGACCACCAAAGACGAUGAUUUCUUCCCGUACGCUGACAGAGCCCACGGUUUCUGGAGCGGCUACUUCACCAGUCGGCCAACUCAAAAGCAUUACACGAGGGUUGUGAACAGCUUUUUCCAGUCAACCAAACAGAUGUAUUGCCUGGCAAAGCUGAAUGGCCUAAACAAGAGCAAGGAACAGCUGAAUAUACUUGCAUCUGCACUCGGUACUGCACAGCAUCAUGAUGCCAUCACUGGAACGGAGAAACAGGCGGUGGUGUUUGAUUAUGAAGAACGCCUUGCCAAUGGUGUGAACCAAGUCCAGAAUGUGGUGCAGGAUGUCUACAACAAACUGAUGCCCAAAGGUGGGGCCGCAGCUCCAGAACAGCUCUUCUGCACACAGCUCAACAUCAGCCUGUGCUCGGUGACUGCAAACCUAACCAAUCUUCAAGUGACCCUGUACAACCCCCUGGCCCGUGAGGCUAAGUACUACGUGCGCCUCCCAGUGUCCGGCACAAAGUACACAGUGUAUCAAUCGGAUGGGAAAACCACUGUCCAGAAUGAUGUUCUUCCAAUCUCUCCAGGCACUGCUCAAAUUCCCCUUCCAACAAACCGUACAGCUCAUUUUGAAGUGGUCUUUUUGGCUUCAGUUCCCGCUUUGGGGUUCAGCACUUACUUUGUGAGAAGACAAAGCACAAGCAACGUCUUACGAUUUCAGAGAGAGUAUUACAGAACACAAGUUUCCACUGAUAAUUCCAUUAAAGGAAAGUAUGUGAGGCUGGACUUCUCCGCAAGUGGUGAGGUUAGCUCCAUGACCAACUUGAAGACGGGCCUGAAAGUUCCCCUGAGCCAGAACUUCUUCUACUACGAAGGAAUGACAGGCAACAACACCAAGGGAGAGUUCCAGGCUUCCGGGGCCUACAUCUUCAGACCUCAGAAGAACGAACCGACGAAACUCUCACUUAAAUUCUUUGCUGGCAUUCAAAGGGGUGUGCUGGUACAAGAGGCGUACCAACAAGUGACCAACUGGGUGAGCCAGGUGUACCGUAUUUACGAGGACAAGCCGUACGUGGAGGUGGAGUGGACCGUGGGACCUGUACCAGUGGCGGAUCACAUUGGAAAAGAAGUCAUCACACGCUACCACCUUGAUGGCUUCGAGAACAAAAAAACUUUCUACACUGAUGCCAAUGGGCGUGAGAUCUUGGAGAGGGUCCUGAAUUACCGACCCACUUGGCAACUGAAACAGACAGAACCAGUGGCUGGCAACUACUACCCUGUGAAUUCCUUCAUCAGCAUCAAGGACACAAAGAAAAAUGUUCAGUUCACAGUGCUGGUAGACAGAGCUCAAGGUGGGACCAGCCUGAACGAAGGCGAUGUAGAACUGAUGCUUCAUCGUCGUUUGCUUGUUGAUGAUGGAAAAGGCGUUGGAGAAGCUUUAGAUGAGAGGGACAUUGAUGGAAAAGGCUUGGUGACCAGAGGUACCCACUACCUGCUGUUGGACAGCAUUGAGAACUCGUCUCGUCUGUACCGCCCUACGGCCCAGGAUAUUUUCCUCACUCCAGCCAUCUCCUUCUCUACCGCCGAAGUCUCUCCGGUGCAGUACGUGACCAAGUUUAAAACCCAGUGGAGCGCACUGAAAUCUUCCCUGCCAGCCAACAUUCAUUUACUGACCCUGGAGCAGUUCUACCAAAGCGGACCUUUGCCCACAGCGUCUGGGGAAGUGCCGUACCUUGUGAGGUUUGAACACUUUUACGAAGUGGGAGAGGACAAAGAGUAUUCAAAACCCGUGAGCUUCGACUUGAAGAACGUAUUCAGUCCCUUCGUCAUCUCUGAGAUCCAGGAGCUGUCUCUGGGAGGCAACAUUCCUAUUGAUGAGGUGAAGAGGCUGCAGUGGAGGACUUCAAACACUUCAGACUCCAAGUCAGAGCAGCCGACAAAACACUUGACUGGUACGACCUUGACCUUGAGUCCCAUGGAGAUUGUGACUCUACAAGUCAACGUCAGAGUCUGACUGACCUGCAGGAUGAAAUAGACGCUCGGCGGCAAGGAGUGCCGUCAAGACCUCAUUUCAACUGGGCUUUCAGUAAACUUUUCAUCAUUUGAGUGUAUUUCUGUGUAUAUGUGGCCAUGUGUAAGAUGCGUCAUCAAGUAUGUCUGAUUAAAGGUUGUUUGUUUGUGUUGAGAACGUAAUUGGCUGCUUGCACUGUAUGCUUCCCUCGAAGCUGAGAAUGUAUUUGAGUGUUCUAGGUAGUAAUAUGGAUUGUAAAGCACAUAAAGCAAGCUGUUGAGUUGGGAUGAACUCUAUACAAAUGAUAUUUAGUAUAUUUUCCAUACUAAUAAUAUGCGUGUAUAAUUGUCAAAAGGAAUGUUUUAAAAGUGUUAGUAGUACCAUAUCCUGCUUGUGUAAGAAAAAUAAUUUAAUUUGGAUGAGAUCAAGGGGCAACUCCUAAACAAGUGCUAAAGUUUGCUGUAUAUAAGUUGAGCCAACUGUGUGCUUGAAAUGUGAGCCUGUAAUGAUUCUAAAAGCAUUUAUAUGAAUUGUUGACACUGAUCACCUUGGUAAAAAUGAAUGCUCAAAUAAGUAAAGUCUUUAUUGUCAUUGUCAGUGUAAGUUUUUUCCUGAAGAUUUUUCAGAGUCACAGCAUUAAUUCAUAGCCUUAAUCAGAUUGUUUGAAUGUUGCUGGCUGUUUGUUUACCAGCAGAAUUUGUGAAGGAGACAGUAAAAAAUCAGUGUUCUUUUUUCUUUUCUUUUUUUGAUCAGGUUUUGUUUUUUGUUAUACUCGAGAUUUCAUAUAGAAGAUUUUUUAGGACAAAAUGUAAGAAGUAUUACUACAUUACAUUUUAGUGAACAUUUUUAAUUAGAUGUGUGAUGCCAGUCAUAUCUUUAAAGGUACAGGACUAAUUUUUUUACUUUGUCAGCUGGCCUGCUUAAGUUCAUUUCGUCGGCAAGCUGUGCUAAGCUCAAAAAACUAUAUUUUUUCAAGAUGGAGAAAGAAAAUUUAUUCUUUAAAAAAAAUUGUACCGAAAUUGUGUCUGAUCUAUUCUUGCUUUUUGCAACUUUUUAAAUUUGAAUUUUAACUAAAUAUUUUUGACCAUAUGUAACUAAUACUACAAAGUAAAAAACUGCAGUUUAAACAAUAAAAAAGAAUUCUGGUUUUAGUACUUUCGGACAGCUGGCACACAAUUUGUGUUUACUCUCUGAGUUUCAUAUAGCAAAUAAUGCUUGUAUAAUUUAUUCUUUCAAAGAGAAAUUUCAGGUAUUUCAAAAUUGAAAUUAUUGUGGUUGUGGUCUGUGUUACAUUUUGGAGCUUUUGCAUGGUCAUUGCGAUGUUCGGAAAGUGUAUUAAUGUAUCAUCUAUAAUUGUGUCAGAAGAAACUGAGUAUAUCGCUACAAGGUAAAGAAAUAUUUUAUUCGUUUUAAGAAUGAAAUUUUUAUGAUAACAGUCUCAGUUACAAAUUUGGGGCUUGUGACAUUAUUGACUGCUCAUGUGCUCACAAGUGAUCUUUUUUCUCUACUCAUCUAUUUUAGUAACUGACUAAUACUGAUAUAUAUGUAAUACAUGUAUUGAAAUGGUUUAUUUAAUCUUUAUAAGUCUGAAAGUAGUUCAUAUGUAUGCAUCUUUUUUUUCUUUCUGCUUUUGCCUGUUUGGCUUGGCACUGCUUACACACACUCACAGCUGGCUGUCGAAAAGUUCUGAAUUUUUAUAUUACUUUUCACAUGAAUCAAAUCUUGAUGAUAACUAUGGUGUGUUUUUCUUGACUGAACCGAGUGAUUCUAACACUUUACUUAAAUGUCCUUUGUUUUAUUAAUGCAACUGAAUAACAUGUGUAUGCGUGUUAUAAUCUCAAUUUGUUUACAAUUUUUAAUUAGUUAGUAUGAUUAUUUAAAGUUUUCUUUUAAAAAAAAAGAAGAAAUAAAUAAAUUCUGAAUGUAUUAGCCUUUAGCUUUUAAGAAAUUUUUAACAUACACUUUUAUGUCUCACGCAAAAUUUUUGGAGAAAAGUUAGUGUUGGUGGUGUAAAUUUUAGACAGAGGAUGAAAUGAGAACUAAAAGUUGAUAUAAAUAUUUAUUUGACGGGUGACUCUCAUCCUACAGUACAAUAACCUUUCUUAUGUUCACCUUAGAACUUCUUCUAGCCUAUUUAAUAUCCUCAGUACUGAUGGCCAGUUUCUUUUCCUACUAUUAUUACUUCCUCAUUUGUAGUGUCCUAAAUUAAUUGUGUUAUGGAAGAAUAUCCCUUCGCGCAUGGCAAUAUAUUUUUCUAUGAACAGUCGAAUAAAAUUUGUAAAGUAUUACACACACAA